CGUGCAGCUACCUACAUACAAUGGACAGUGAGGCAGAUUAUUCAUAUGAUGUCCUUAACCAUGGAAAGUAUAGAAAAAGCUUUAAUGUCAGGGGCCUGAGACACGUGUACGAUGUCAGUGACACCCAGACUGACUAUGACAUCUUGCAGUUUGAGUCGGAUAGCGACGUGUCUGUCAAGUCCGUGUCGGGGCCUCUGAUUCACCGCCAGAUUACACUCACUCUGCCCAAGAUGGAGGACGAGCUCCUCCCAAGACGCAGCAGCGUCCCUAACGGCAUCAUCAACCCCGGUUUCGAAAUAGCGUCGCACAUGCACGACGGCGCCAUCAGUGACACCAGCAGCGUGGAGAACUUCAAGAACAGCGACCGCGAGGACUUGGACCACAACGGCGACCUGGAAGACUUCCGGCGUCGCACCGUUCCCGGGCGCUCACGAGACGGCGUCAGGGACAGCAUGAACAGUCUGACGUCAAUGAGCAGUGCAGACAGUCGGUCUCCAUGGAAGAGCUGGGACGUAUUCCGGACGUUCAAGCGUCAUAAGGACGAAGGCCUGGACGACCAGACGAUCAACAAGUUCCGCAAGAUGACCAAGGUGGUUGUCGGCAUUUUCCUGACGCUGCUGGUGCUGGUAUCGGCGUUCGUCAGCAAGAGCGCGCUGUUGCUGAUUACGUCAUCCAUAUACAAGAACGCCACGCUCUACUGCAUCGAGCUUCCCAGCGGCCGUGAGUUUCUCUCCUGCUCGCGCAUGCCCCCUGAGAAAGUCACGGGAAACGUCUAUAAACUGUCGCAGAAUGUGCAGGUGCGGUGGAUAUGGGCGCUGCUACUGGUCAUCGUCGCCCCUUACCUCAUGACCUUCGGCAAGUGCACGUGGCGAGCCUGCUUCAAGAAAACUCGCACUCCGACCUUCCCUGCAGUUUUCACUGUGCUAGUCUCUGAAACACUCAACACCAUUGGAGUUAGCCUUUUUGCAUUCCAAGUUGCUGCCGCCAUGGACACCAUACGUGGACUGGUGCUGACCAUGGGGGUAGCCUUCCUUCCUUCCAUCCUAAAACUGUUUGACAAAGAAAAUAUCGAUGGUCGCAACUGUUUUACGUACUGGGUCGACGUGCUCGCCAUCCUCGUCCAAGCAUCCGUCUUGCUGCUGUGGCCAAUCAAAGACGCGGUUUUAGGUGAGGUGACCCAGGAGACCUGGUCGAUUCCAGUCUCCUUAAUUUUAAUCUCUUGCGGCUACUGGGAAAAUUACGUCAACAAGUACACGGUGCUGGGACCGUUAGGCAGCAAGCUGCGCGAGCUCAAGAAACUUACUCGGCGCAUGCGCGUGAAAAUCUACAUCGGCGUCAGCAUCUGGAAAAUUGUGCUGACCUUGGCCCUCAUGUCCGCCAUCAUCAGUGACCUCAACCUUCAGUGCCUGAAUGUGUUGUAUUUUGGCGGCAAUAACGGGGCGACAGAGUGCCCGCACCUCAACUACCCGCUAGGUGUCUCCAACGUUGAAGCGCAAGAAUACUUCGAGGAUGCAUUCUGGGUGAUGCUGCUGCAGGUGGUUUCCUGUCUUCUCUGCUACAGCUUCGCCAAGACAGCGUGUAAAGUCUUGCUUCAGGUGGGCAGCUUUGCUCUCCCUCUCACCAUCUCCUUGCCGCUUCUGGUGGGAGCCUUCAUCAGCGAAUGCGAGACGUGGAAUGGCAACGGAAACGGGACGACCACCGCGCUCUUUGGCAUGCCCUCCUACCUGUACUGGACAUGUGACGUCAACGGUGCGUCCUCCAACUUCCUCUCCGCACUUUUGACGCAGUUCUACGUGCCUAUCGCCGUCUUUUGGUGGCUCUCCUUCAUCUGGGUCGCCGCCCACAUUUGGUUCCCGCGCGUGGAACGUCUGGUGCAGACAGAAAGGCUUUUUGUGCAGCCUCUGUAUUGUAGCAUCUUUCUGGAGCAAUCCCUCAUUCUCAACCGACGGCGGGACGACCGCGACAGGGAAGCCAAGACUGAAAAGGUUCAGACCUUGUCUUUGACUUCAGCUCUCUUCAAACUUUAGAACGGCGCUGGAGUUUUUCCAGCGAGAGAAUGACCUCGCGGAGGAGGCGGGGUUCAAGCCUCGGGCUCGCUGCGCACUGACGUCACGCCGAUGAUCUACGUGUGCGCCACCUUGUGGCACGAGACAGAGAAGGAGAUGAACCAGGUGCUCAAGUCCUCCUUCAAGCUGGACCUUGACCAGUGCACCAGAAAGCACGCCUACCUUUUCUUCGACGUCGUGGAUCCAGACUACUACGAGUUCGAAGCUCACUUCUUCUUUGACGACGCCUUCGAGCCGCACGACGACGACGACAACGAUUAUCACGCCAACGACUUUGUGAAGCAGAUCAUCCGGGUCAUCGAUCGGUCUGCCUCAGCUGUCCAUCGAACUCAGAUGAAGAUUGACCCUCCGUCAAAAUAUCCUACUCCUUAUGGAGGAAGACUGGAGUGGACACUGCCUGGACAGAAUAAGCUGAUCGUCCACCUCAAAGACAAAGCUAAGAUCAGGCAUAAGAAGCGCUGGAGCCAGGUGAUGUACAUGUACUACCUGCUGGGUCAUCGCCUGGUGGCCCAGAAGCUGCCAGAUGCUCGUCGCAAGCAGAUCAUCGCCGAUAACACCUUCCUUCUUACCUUGGACGGCGACGUUGACUUCCAGCCCUCCGCCGUGCAGCUGCUCGUCGAUCGGAUGAAGAAGAAUGAGAAGGUCGGAGCCGCCUGUGGCCGCAUUCAUCCCAUCGGAACAGGUCCAAUGGUCUGGUAUCAGAAGUUUGAGUACGCCGUCUCUCACUGGCUACAGAAAGCAACGGAGCACAUGAUUGGCUGCGUGCUGUGCAGUCCCGGAUGUUUCUCGCUGUUCCGCGCCUCGGCUUUAAUGGACGACAACGUGAUGAGGAAGUACGCCACCGUCUCGGGUCAAGCCCGCCACUACGUUCAGUACGAUCAAGGCGAGGACCGCUGGCUGUGUACGCUGCUGCUGCAGCAAGGUUACCGAGUGGAGUACUGCGCCGCCGCCGACGCCCUCACCUACUGCCCGGAGGGAUUCGAAGAAUUCUUCAACCAGAGGAGGCGGUGGUCGCCCUCUACCAUGGCCAACAUCAUGGAUCUGCUGCAGAGCUGGCGCCACCUGAUCAAGGUGAACGAGAACAUGUCGGUUCUGUACAUGGUGUACCAGCUGCUGUUGUUCGCAUCCUCCAUGCUGACUCCAGCCACUGUCUUCCUGCUCGUGGUCGGCGCCAUCAGCACGGCGUUCCGCGAAAUCAGUCUGAUGCAGUCGCUCUUCAUCAACCUCGCCCCGGUCGUCAUCUUCCUUAUCGUCUGCCUCACAUGCAGGAGCAAAAUCCAGCUUGGGCUGGCAGGCAUCUUGUCCAUCGCCUACGCACUGGUGAUGAUGAUCGUCAUCGUGGGCCUCAUCCUGGAGAUGAAGAAGGACGGCAUCUGCGCCCCGACCACAAUUUUCAUGAUUUUCGUCGUCGGCGUCUUCAUCAUCUCGGCCAUCAUGCAUCCGCUGGAGUUCAGCUGCCUGUUUCAUGGCCUCCUGUAUCUGAUGGCCAUCCCCGCCAUGUCCAUGCUGCUGAUGAUCUACUCCAUCACUAACCUCAACGUCGUGUCCUGGGGCACACGAGAGGUUCUCACGGCUGCGCCUCCACCUGACAGCCAACAGGCACGAAAGGCAGCAAACAACUCUAAAACGCGCUUCCAGAACCUUCUCAACGUCUUCUCGAUGGGAAAGUCAGGAGGACAGACAGAGGAGGACAGUGACUAUGGCUUCAGCUGCGGCAACCUCUUCAAAUGCUUAUGCUGCCCAAAACCUGCGGAGGACAAAAGCAAACUGGAAACGUCAGCCAUCUUGGAAAAACUUGACCGUCUAGAAAAAGCUAUGGUUGAAAUAAAAAGUGGAAAUAAGGACAGUGUUUCCGGAAUUCCGUCUGUAUCUGAAGACUCGAGUGCAGAAAUGAAGGAUAAAGACAACCUUGACAAAAACCAACUGGAGGCAAAAGAUGGUAUCACUGGACAGGAGGAAAACAUUAAAAAAGUCCUAAUGUAUCCGGACAUGAUAGCUAGCGAGUACGAGGCGGAGUACUCCCCCAACUGGAUCUUGGACUCGGACUUAGGCAGCGGCAAAGUGCGCUACCUGGGCACGGAGGGCCGAUUCUGGCGCGAGGUGGUCGCGCGCUACCUACACCCACUUGCCGGACGACCCCGUCAAAAAAAGAAAAUGGAGCAGGACUUGAAGGAGCUCCGCAACAAGAUGAGUCUCCUGUUCUUCCUCCUCAAUGCGCUUUUUAUCGUCGUCAUCUCCGCUCUGCAGUACACCAACGCCGCCAACGAUGGCAAUGGUCUGGCCAUACCGCUGCCUUGCAAGAACGACGAAGGUCAGAGUUUGACCCUUGAACCCAUCUCGCUCCUUUUCAUGGCCACUUUCGGCAUCGCCUUGGUCAUACAGUUCCUGGCCAUGUUCUUCCAUCGUAUGGGAACCUUCUUGCACAUCAUCUCCUCCACAGAGGUGAACUGCAUGAAGCUCAACCAGCAGGAAAUGGCGGCCAUGGACGUCUCCGACAAGCUGGAGCUCGUCAAGCAGAUGCAGACCUUCGGCGACGACGACGACGACACACGCUCGGAUAUCACCAGCACCUCCCUGGACGACAGCAGCAGCACAACGGAUGAGUCCCCCAAGCUCGGGCGCCGCAAGACGGUGCUGCGGCUGACGCGGAAGCGUGGGCGGCAGGCGGAGCAGAAACACUCCAACCUGGCAAGUCGCUUCAUGGAGCGAUACCUCAAGUUUGCGCGCGACCUCCGACAGGAACGUGCGGGCGAGCGGAACAAUCGCAAGCGUAACAGCUCGCGCAAGUUGCGCAAGCGGCAGCGCGCCAUCGAGGCCAUCGAGAAGUCGGACAAGACCUCGGUCCUGCUCAAGGCCCACAAGUGGCAGAGUCUGCACCGCGCGCGCACAGGCCAGGGGCACGGCAACGCCGCCAACGUGGACACCUUGCGCAAGGAUCCCUGGGUCUCGCUGGUCAAUGGCGUGUUCUCGCAGUCUCGAACCUCUCUCAACACCAUCAGCGAGGAGGAGGGUCGCCACUCCGGCCAGAUGCCCAAGCGGAAGUCCACGUGGGGGUCAAGCGGUGACCUGGUGUCCAUGUUGAACAGGUCCGAACACAAGGACGGACGGCCUGCCUUCCGCGCCAGCUUCGCCGGGCUUCGAUCUCGCUCAACGUGCUGAGUGAGGUCAAGGAGGUCGUGACGCCGGCGCAGUCGCCCACCACCGGCGCCUUCGACAGGAUCGAGAUGCACGAAGUUGCCCGAUGAGCAAGCGCAACGGCGAGAAGGAGGUGGCCUUCAGAGAACCCGACGACAACGAGCCAGACUCAGAGACACCCGGCUUCAGGGAGGAGGAUGCCUUCUCCAUCGCUCCUUCCACCGUCACAACCAUUCUGUCCGUACAAAGCGAAGGUUUCUCCCCGUUUGCCGUUAGUGAGGGAGAAGGGCAAUCACCGGGACAGGACUACCAGUCUCAGACCUCCAGAUUCUGAUGAAAUCAUAAUAUGCACAGUGAACAUUAAAGGUGGGAAUUGCAAAGCUAUCCACCUCCAACCGUCAAGUUCUGCCGUAGUCAUGUGCUGGACACCCGACCUGUGAUACCUUGAAACCUGUGACAUAAUGUUGUCUCAGUUAAGGCCGCUGUUGUACUAUUUAGAAAAUACAAAUUGACAAAUGAUUAAUUAAGAAAUCGCCACUUUGCCAAAAAAAUGAGAAUGAUUGUUGCUCACUUACGUAGUUAUCCACAAAUCACAUUUGGACAAGACGUAUAAUUAAUCUCACAUACAAAUGAUCUGAUGUAAGUGCUCAUUAUGGGUAUGUGUGAUGUAUUAUGAUCAGCAUUGUUUUGUGUUCCUGUGUUGCUCUCUUAACAUUAAUAAUAUAUUGUUCUUUUUGUUGAUUUAUCUUAAAACAAUCUGUUUAAAGUUUGUUUUAAUUAAUUAAUUAAUUUCUAAACCAGAGAAGCAACGGACAAUCAACCGUGUACCCACAAUCAGAAAACUGGUCUGCAAACUAAUGAGCCAUCCUUUAGUUUAUCUGUUCAUCCAUAUUGCAAUGCUUUAAUAAUGUUUUGUCAUAAUGUACACGUGGCAUCAGCUCACCUUUGACUCUCUCAUGAUCUGACAGCUCGUCUCUCGCCUGAACUCCAAAUCCACAGUUUUGCUGAUAGCAUACUUAUGUUUCAACACCUUUCAGUGUUUACCAGGUUACUUACAUUAACUUAACUUUGAAACUCCACACACGUGCUGUCUUGAUGCUCCAUAUGUGCAGACGACAGGAUUUUAAACCGACCAGUCUAUAGUUGCACUUAACGUUGAACGACUAGGUUCAGGAGAGUUCAACACGCAGUCACCCACCCGUCAAAUUGUAUGAUGUCCAGUCUCUAGAUCGGGUAAUAAUUUGUAAACAAGGACAGUUGAUACAGAAGUGACUUGUAAACAAGGACAGUUGAUACAGAAGUGACUUGUAAACAAGGACAGUUGACAAGAAGUCAUUUGUAAUUUUUUGAGAUGUUCGUAGCACAGUUUUUGCUCUGCGUUUUAUUUUUACUUGAAACAUUUUAAAAACGUGAUAAAACACAUUUUAUGUUUUUCAUAAUCGUCUUAUGCUUUGUACUCUCUUACAUUCAGUCAGGAGGUCGCCUUUGUGGAUAAAUUUACAGCCGGAGCUUGACAUUUGCAGAACCUGUCUAGUCACAUUGCCGUAUUUAUUCUUUUCUCGCCAUAGGUACGUGUACCACGGCUUUCUUUCCUUUGCACUGUCUUACCAAGCACCUGUAUGACUGCAGGUGCAGCACAAUACGUCAUCAUGUGCAGGUGGGACAGGCAUGGCCGUUACAACGUGGCGUGAAUUUCUGUGUGAAUGGCAGAUGAAGUGUGUGUACUUGUACAUCGCUUAGAAUAAAAAUUUUGUGAUAUAAGCUUAUAUCAAAGUAUCAAAAUACAUAUCAAAAUGUUCAGAGUAUAUUUUGUGA